AUGAAGUCAAAUUUUCAAUUUUCAAACCUUCUAGGUACAGUCUACUCUCAAGGAAACUUGGUAUUCACCGAGGAUGGUACUAAACUAUUGAGUCCCGUGGGAAGCAGAGUAUCCUGCUUUGAUUUAAUAAAAAAUAAGUCAUUUACCUUUAAUUAUGAACAUAGAAAAAAUAUAGCUAGGAUAGCGCUAAAUCGACAAGGUACGCUUUUUUUAUCCAUCGAUGAUGAUGGGAGGGCAAUUCUUGUAAAUUUUAUUUCAAGACAUGUACUUCAUCAUUUUAAUUUUAAAGAAAAAGUAAGAGAUCUACAAUUUAGCCCGGAUGGAAAAUAUUUUGCUGUGGCAGCAGGUCGAUUCAUUCAAGUGUGGAAGACUCCAGAUUUAGUUGAAGAUAGACAAUUUGCACCGUUCGUUAGACAUAGAGUCUAUGCUGGUCAUUAUAGUGAUGUUACGUCUGUAACAUGGUCAAAUGACUCCAGAUUUUUUUUAACUACUUCGAAGGAUAUGACAUCUAAAACUUUUUCGUUAUCCUCAGAAGAGAGAGAGGUUGCUAUGACUUUUGCGGGCCACCGUGACUACGUAAUACGAGCCUUCUUUAAUAAAUCACAAGAAAUCAUAUACACGAUCAGCAAAGACGGUGCCCUAUUUACUUGGGAAUACACUGCCGCGCCAUCAGAAUCUUUAGAAGAGUCAGAUUCAGACGAUACAGAGAGCAAAGAGCAAGCCGAGAAACAAAUGAGUUGGAGAAUUACGUCUAAGAACUUCUUUUUCGCUAAUGGUACUGUCCAGUGUGCAACUUUUCAUGCGGCAUCGAAUAUUUUGGUUGUCGGCUUCUCAAACGGAGAGUUUCGCUUGUACGAGUUACCAGAGUUUAAUUUAAUUCAACAAUUGAGUAUGGGACAAAAUGCCGUAAACACGGUCACUAUCAAUAGCACAGGUGAAUGGCUUGCGUUUGGGUCAGGUAGUUUGGGACAGCUAUUGGUUUAUGAAUGGCAAUCAGAAUCCUACAUAUUGAAGGAACAAGGGCACUUUGAUUCUUUGAAUUCUUUAUGCUAUUCGCCUGAUGGAUCGAGAAUAGCUACAGCAUCGGAUGAUGGAAAAAUAAAGAUUUGGGAUGUGAUUUCAGGAUUUUGCUUGAUGACAUUCAGUGAGCAUUCGUCAUCUGUGACUGAGGUAAAGUUUGCUAAGAGGGGCCAAGUUUUGUUUUCGUCUUCGAUGGAUGGUACUGUGAGAGCGUGGGACUUGAUUAGGUUUCGUAAUUUUAGAACAUUCACUGCUCCUGAGAGAAUCCAAUUCAAUUCUCUUGCAGUAGACCCUAGCGGCGAAGUUGUUGUUGCUGGAUCACUCGAUAGUUUUGAAAUUUAUAUUUGGUCUGUUCAAACAGGUCAGUUAUUAGAUAUGCUCACUGGCCAUGAAGGACCAGUUUCAUGCUUGACGUUUGGUUCCGAAAGUUCUAUUUUGGCAUCCGCUUCAUGGGAUAAAACUAUUAGAGUAUGGGAUAUAUUUGGACGCUCACAACAGGUUGAGCCUAUCGAAAUAACUAGUGAUGCUUUGUGCUUGAGCAUGAGGCCAGACUCAAAGGAAAUUUCGGUCAGCACUUUAGAUGGGCAUAUUACAGUAUUUGAUAUUGCAAGCGCAAAGCAGCUACAUUUAAUUGAUGGGAGAAAGGAUAUCUUGAAAGGAAGAUAUCUCGAAGAUAGAUUUGCAUCUAAAAAUUCAGCUAGGGCUAAGUUCUUUACUACGAUUAGCUACUCUUUCGAUGGCUUAACAUUAAUUGCGGGAGGAAACAAUAAUUCAAUUUGCAUGUAUGAUGUGUCAAACGAGGUAUUAUUGAAGAGAUUCAUGGUAUCUCAAAACAUGAUGUUGAAUGGAACACAACAGUUUUUAAAUAGCAAGAAUAUGGGCGAGGGUGGUUCUCUCGAUCUUAUAGAUAGGGAUGGUGAAAAUUCGGAUGUUGAAGACAGAUUGGAUUCAACUUUGCCUGGUUCCCAUAGAGGUGACCCUACCGCUAGGAACACAAGACCGGAAAUUAAGGUAAGCUGUGUUCAAUUCUCUCCUACUUCUACAGCAUUUGCUGCUUCAUCAACGGAAGGACUUCAAAUAUAUUCAACUGAGAAUGACAUACUUUUCGAUCCCUUCGAUUUGGAUGUUGAUAUAACCCCGGAUAAUACACUAGAAGUGUUAAAAGAAAAAGACUAUUUAACAGCACUUGUCAUGUCACUCAGACUCAAUGAAGAGUAUUUAAUUUGCCAGGUAUUUGAAGGUAUACCAGUCAAAGAUGUGAAGCUUGUAUGUGAUGCAUUGCCUAUAGUUUAUCUAAACAAAGUUUUGAGUUUUAUCGGUGAUUCUUUGAUUAGAAAUGAAAGUCAACAUUUUGAAUUCUGCCUUCUUUGGAUCAGGUAUUUACUUGCAGCACAUGGCAAUUAUAUCAGCUCAAACAAGCACGAGUUUUAUAGCUCUUUAAGAAUGAUACAGAGGUUUUUGAACAGAUCAGCCAAAGAUAUCAUCAGUAUUUCUAAAAGAAGUUCUUAUUUAUAUUCUUUUUUGGCUUCAUCAAAUGAAGUAAGAAGUAAUAACAAGGAGAAAAAUGAAGGACUUGAUUUAAUAAUGGGAGGAUCUGACUCUGAUGAAGAGCACGAGGAAAACGAAGAGGAAGAUAAUGAAAGCAUCAACGAAAGUGAUAUCGAAUGGCAUUCUGCUCAUGAUAUUCAGCCUAAAGUAACUAAUGGCAUAGCAUUUCCCGAUGAGUUAGAUAGCUAG